AUGGCUGCGAAGAGCUCUGCAAUGCUUGCCUUCUUCCUCUCACUCAACCUCCUCUUCUUUUCCCUGUCUAGUGCUUCGACCUUGCCUAAGCCUAUCCCAAUCCUGGUUGGCAGCCCUGCCUCAGCACUUCGACACUUGAACGUGUGGUCAACCAAUGUCUGCGGCCUCAUUAACGUUACGAUGGGGACCCCUCCAAAUCAACCAUGCUGCUCUCUCAUCCAGGGGCUCCUUGACCUAGAGGCUGCCGUUUGCCUCUGCACUGCGAUCAAAGCGAACGUGCUUGGUAUCAAUCUCAAUGUCCAGGUCUCUCUCAGCUUGCUCCUCAACGAUUGCGGGAAGAGUCUCCCUGUGGGUUUCCAAUGUGCUUAAGCAGUAAAUGCGUAGUAAGGCUUUAAAGGAUGAAUAAAAUAUUGUGCGUCACAAAUUGAAGCGGGUUUAAUAAGCUUGGUUUUCCCAAGUCAACAGUGCUUUUGUCUGAGUAUAUUGUGUGGUGUUGGUCAUAGUCUAUUCAGUAAAUAAAACUUCGUCGGAACACGAUGUGAUAGUGUCAUUUGCAAUUACGACUGUAAAAGAUAAAGUGGUCGU